GCGCUCGGUUGAAGCGGGAGUGAGUUCCUGGCGGCGGACCCGCGGCGGCGGGCGGGCGCCACCUCUCAUCGCUGCUCUCGCCGCUCUCCGCCAUGGCCGCGCUGCGCUACGCCGGCCUGGACGACACGGACAGCGAGGACGAGCUGCCCCCGGGCUGGGAGGAGAGAACCACCAAGGACGGCUGGGUUUACUAUGCCAAUCACACUGAGGAGAAGACUCAGUGGGAACAUCCGAAGACUGGAAAAAGGAAACGAGUAGCAGGAGAUUUGCCGUACGGAUGGGAGCAAGAAACGGAUGAGAACGGACAGGUGUUUUUUGUUGACCACAUAAAUAAAAGAACCACGUACUUGGACCCAAGAUUGGCCUUUACUGUGGAUGACAAUCCGACCAAGCCACCCACCAGGCAGAGAUACGACAGCAGCACCACGGCCAUGGACAUCCUGCAGGGUCGGGACUUCACGGGCAAAGUGGUCGUGGUCACUGGGGCUAAUUCAGGAAUAGGGUUUGAAACUGCCAAGUCUUUUGCUCUGCACGGUGCUCACGUGAUCCUGGCCUGUAGGAAUAUGGCAAGAGCCAGCGAAGCAGUGUCACGCAUUUUAGAAGAGUGGCACAAAGCCAAGGUAGAAGCAAUGACCCUGGACCUUGCUCUGCUCCGUAGCGUGCAGCAUUUUGCUGAAGCAUUCAAGGCCAAGAAUGUGGCUCUCCACGUGCUUGUGUGCAAUGCUGCUGUUUUUGGUCUUCCCUGGAGCCUCACGAAAGACGGCCUGGAGACCACCUUCCAGGUGAACCACCUGGGCCACUUCUACCUGGUCCAGCUCCUGCAGGAUGUUCUGUGCCACUCGGCCCCUGCCCGUGUCGUCCUUGUCUCCUCUGAGUCCCAUCGAUUUACAGAUAUUAACGAUACCUCGGGAAACCUUGACUUUAGCCGCUUGUCUCCGUCACAAAACGACUACUGGGCCAUGCUAGCCUACAACAGGUCCAAGCUCUGCAACAUCCUGUUCUCCAACGAGCUGCACCGCCGCCUCUCCCCACGCGGGGUCACAUCCAACGCCGUGCACCCGGGGAACGUGAUGUACUCCUCCAUUCACCGCAGCUGGUGGCUGUGGACGCUGCUGUUCACCUUGGCGAGGCCCUUCACCAAGUCCAUGAUACCUCAAGGUGACCUUCCAGCCCGAGGAGCUAGCCAAACUUCAAGGCAGCAACAAGGAGCAGCCACCACUGUCUACUGUGCAGCAGCCCCGGAGAUGGAGGGCCUGGGAGGAAUGUACUUCAACAACUGCUGCCGCUGCCUGCCCUCAGCGCAGGCUCAGAGCGAGGAGACGGCGCAGGCCCUGUGGGAGCUCAGUGAGCGGCUGGUGCAGGAACGGCUGGGCAGCGCGUCCGGCUAGCGGGGACCCGUCCUGCCUGGCACCCCGUUCCACAUCCCUACAAGGCAGAUACGCAAGAGCAAAGGAAAUGAGAGUGCUCGACAUAGAAGAAGUGGUGAUGGGACACAAUUGCAGGGGACAGGGACAGUGUCACUUCUCUGUGGCUAGCGUCAGCAUGGGUCCCUCAGCUUUCGGGUGGUGGGCUGUUUGAAAGCAAAAGCUUGGUCUGUAGGUGGGUUCUUUCUCUCAUUGUAGAAGCACAAGCAACUUUCUCUCACUUUUAGAGUAGCCUGAAGUCCUGUUGUCCCAUGGCCACCACUGCAGCCAGAGGUGGCUUUUUCCCGUCUAGGGAAGAAAAAUCAAGCGUUCAUCCUUCCAGUCUGGAUUUGUCCAGGAGAUUAUUGUUUCGCUCAUCCCAACCAAGUCUGAGUAGGCUUGGCAACUUCCAGUUGAGAAUCCCAAAGAUUUGUUCCAGCUGAUGACGCUAAUGAGAGUUCCGCAGGAUAGCACAAAGGUCCAGCAGUGUCUGUCACUAACCCCUUUGCCAAAGCUACACAAAUAAUGCUUUAGAGAUGAUAACAAAUAAACUUUGCAAACCAUUCCCUAGAUAGCUAGAUGGGCAAGAAAGGGAGCAGCAUGUCCUCGGGAACACGUGAGAUGUCCUUGCAGUGGGGGAUAAAACUUAGGUCCCUUCAUUUGCCGCACAGGGUCCCAAGAGCAGCCUAGGGGCUGAGUUUUGUAGCCUUUCAGUCCCUCUGCUUCCACAUCCGGCUUCAACUUCCUCCCCUUCCUCCCGUCCUAGGCUUAAUAAAAGAUCAUGCUUGACUACGA